AUGAAAAAAACGACUCCUAUUCCUACUUUUUCCACCCUUGCAACCCAAACAAGCCAGUUUCUCCCCAAAACCCCACACUUCACUUGUAUCCGAGAACACUGGCGGUGGAUGUCAAGCCACACACUCCUUUCUUUAUUAUUUUUCACCCGCCUUGAAGAGAGGCUCUUGCACCCCGAGGUACCGGACUGUUCCAAGAAGCUUCAGCUUAUUUAUGGAAAUCAGAGCACAGAAAACACGCGGGGCUCAGUCACCGCUUUCCUUACGUUGCCCGACAACACCCGCAGCUCCGGCAGCCGCCCCCUUCCUUCCCCCCACCCCACAGCCCGUACCGAGCGACCACCGCCCCCCCCGGCACAGAAACACCCCCUCGCCGGCCAAGGGGCGCCCACCGCAGCGGGUGUCGCUGGGUGCCGGGGCAGACGAGAGCCACCGGCAGCGGGAAUAACGCCGGUCCUGCUCUUACGGCACCCCGCGGAGGAGGCCCGCAGCCCGCCGACGGCCAUGUGCGCCCCACAGGGCGGGCAGAGCCCUUUACAUAAGGGGAUGCGGGUGCGCGGCCCCGCCACCCGCCGCCCCACCGGGGAGCGGGGACACCCCUGUAACCCCCCCCCGCCCCGGCGGAGGUACCCCCACCUCCCGGCUCCCCCAGGACGCCUCACCCUGUCGCUCCAGCCUCUGCCGGCGCGGGGCGGGGCGGCCGGCGGAAGGUGCGCGGCGGCGCCCCGCGCUAUCCCGCGGAGCGGCGGCAGGGCACCACAACCGCCGCCGCCGCCGCCGCCCCAGGCAUGGUCUCCACCCCCCCGGCGGCGCCGUCAGCCGCGGAGCCUGGAGUGUGCGCGGCAGGCGCCGCUCCCGGGCUUUUCUCCGGCGGAGGAGGAGGAGGAGGAGGAGGUGGCGGAGGAGGGUGGGGUGAGGGCGGGCGCCAUUAACCGCCGCGCCGCCGCCACCGCCCGCUUUGAAGCGGCCGCCGCGCACAGCGGCGCCCCCUGGCGGCGUCGGGAGGCGCCUCCCGGCCCGGCGUGCGCGGGGAUCCCGGGAUUUCCCGCCUGGAAGCGGCUGGAUUGA